AUGGGUGGUUUCAGGUUUUUUUAAAACCGAUAUUUUUAUAGAAAAAUUGUUAUUAUAUAAUUGGAUUAUGAAAAAAAUAUUAAUGAAUUGUAUUUUUAACCAAUAUAUUUGUAAAUUUCAAUAUUAAUUUGAGGGUUUUUGAUUUUAAAUAUUGGAUAUUGGGUAUUAGUUUUAUUUCAGUAGCAUAUAUAUCAAAAUAUCGGUAAAGUGAUAUUGACUCAACCUUAAUAUUAAUAAUUAUUAUUAUGUAUAGUCAUUAUUCUUUUCAAAUUUGAAUAUUUUUAGAUGUAUCUUGUACUUGCCAAAACCAAUAUGUGCAAAAAUAUAUUAACAAGAAGAAUGAGACUCCCCUACAACAUCCAUUAGACUAUAUAAAUGAAAAAUUAAAUUGGAUUAAAAAGAAAAAACGUCUAUUGUUUGAAGAGAUCUAUACAAAUCAAGCACCUAUAAGUGAUAUGCAAUCAAUAAAUAAUAUAAGUGAUAUGUACAGAGAUUAUCCAACAGAAAACCUUAACUAUGUAGGAUUACCAGAUUCGUUUUGUAACAGUACAUUGAAAAUAUUAGAGGAAUAUGUGAAAAAUAAAAAAAUAAAAACGAGUAAAUCAAACAAUAAUAAUAACAAUAACACUUGGAUUAACAAGGAAUUAAUGAACUAUAUUUGUAAUUUAUUAAAAAUGUCACCAAACGAAAUAGAUAAUCUUUCGGUAUCUUCAAACUCAAAUAAUCAAUUGGAACAAAGUAUUUUGGAAAUAUCCAAAGCCAAUUUAGAAUAUCACAAGGAUAUUUUGAAUUAUAUAUCUCAGUGCUUAGACAGUAAUAUGUGUGAUAUUAAUCGAGACCAGGCUUUUAGUUCACCUCAAUAUAUUGGUCUGUUAGACAAGCUGUAUAAGCUGGCUGAUUACUAUACAGAAAAAGCACAUGAAAUGCGCAAUAUUUGCUUAGAGUCUCCUAGAGUAGAGAUUAAUAACACAGAUACUGUUGAAGAAAUUUCAGAACUAAAACAUGGGUUGGUAUAAGAAAGUAUUUUAAAUUCAUAAAUAUUAUAAAAAGAAUUUAAAUAAAAAAGUCUUAUAUAAAUUGUACUUUGUAGGAAUCGAAAAUCUUCCUGUAGUAUAUCUUCAGAAUUUUCUGUCGAUGGAACAUAUAUGUUGGAACAUUUAAGUUCCCUGCUAGAACAAAGAGGGUUGAUUCGUGCAGACGGAGAAUGGCCUAUUUUUGGAAACGAAGAUGAAGACGAUAGUAGAAGCUUAACGGAUCAGCUUUUAGAUAUAAAACCACAUAUUAAAUCUGAAAAAGGUAAUUUCUAUUUAUUAAAAAUAAUAUAAUGUAAUAUUAGUAAAUACACAAUUCAGAUUCCAAAAAUGUUUAAUUUGACUUGGCAAAAUUGUCAAAAAUUGAGUAUUUUCUUUCAUGUACAUUUACUUGUAUUAUGUAAUAAAUAUACUUACUUUAAGUAUGUAGUAAUCGUAUAAAAUGCUUGUAAUUAUUAAAAAGCUGUCCUAGGAUAAUGGGGACAAGUGCAAGAAGUUAAGAAUGUAUGAUGCAGAAGGAAAUUUAAUAUAUAUAUAUAUAUUUAUAUCUGUAAGCAACGUUAAACCAUUGUUAACAAAAAAAAAGAUUCUGAGCGGAGUUCAGUUAAUAGUGAUGCUUUGUCAAUAAUAUAUAUGUAUUAUGGUAAAAUAAUUAAAUAUGCAUUAUAUAUUUUCUUUAAUAAUAUUUGUUUUAUAUUGAUCCGAUUUUUCUAUUUUCCCUUGUUUUUUCCUGGGGAUACUCUUGGGAAAAUCAAAAAAGUACCUCCCCAGUCUGAUAUCGUUUUACAAAAGAUACUAUAUUAAAAAUCAGAGCAAGAUUUCUGGUAGAAAAGUUGUCUACAGAAAAAAUUUAAAAAACAUCUUCAUGAAACCAAAAACUUCUUCGCUGCAAUCAGAAUCUAAAAUACUUGUAAAUUUUUAAAAUUUACUAUUCAUUAUUAAAUUAAAUUUGUGUUAUUUUAGUCAGAGUUAAAUGAAACAUAAAAAUUCAUUGUAAAAACCUGAUACUUCUAAAGAAUGAACCAAUGUUAUAUGUAGGAAAUUGCGAAGAUAGGAUACACAUGGUUUAACAAUUUUAUCUGUAAGUGACAAUAAACCAUUGCUAUCAAAAAAUGAUUUUCAUUAAAAUUUGAACCUAUAAAAAUAUAAAAAAAAAAGGAACCAAUAGAUUCCUCACUAUGCUUCAAAUUUAAAAAAAGUGAUGACUAUUAACACUUGCAAUUAUUAAUUUAUUACAAUUAUUUAAAUUAUAAAUGUCAAAUCAUAAGUCAAUAGUUUAAAUAUAUCUAAAAGUAAAUAUUUUAAUUUAUUGAAAAGUACCCAAUAAUUGAGACAAUAAUUAUUUUUUUUAUUUAUAUUUAUGAAUUAUGAAUAAACUUAUUAAUCCAUGAAGUCUUUAAGCAAUUUGUGUUCAGUUAUUUAUUAAAUUAAAUUAAUAGGGUGCUCAUUUUGUUAAAUAAAUUGUAGUUUGAUGAAAAAAAUGUUUUUUUUUUUUUUUUUUAAAUACCUAAAAACUAGUGAUUUUAAUACAAUCAAAAUCAGCUAAAUAUACACUAAAAUUAGUUAAGCAGAAAAGUAUGGUGGACUUAAAGAGCAAUGAAAAAGAAAAACAGACAGACAUUUCGCACAAUGGGUGGUUCAUUUUUAUAGGUGAGAAGGUAGGAAUAGUAGGAUGUAUCGAAAAUUUAAUGUAUAUUUGUAUGCAAUGAUAAGUCUUUGCUGACGAAAAACGGUUCUGAGAGGAGUUCAGUAACAUAUAUGUUUUAAAAUAAUACAUUUCGUAAAUUUUCCCUUUUUUUACAUUUGUUAUAAAAACUCCUGAGAAAUUAAAAAUCUACCUCCUUAAAAUAUCACCCUAGUCAGAUUUCCUUUAAAAAAAGAGUGCCACACUUGAAAAUCGAACCAAAAUUUUUGGUGAAAAAUUAUUCAGAUAAAAAAAAAAUGUAAUAAAUGAACAUCAUUGUAAUACCAAUACAUUCGAUCAGACUAUAAAAGCAGUUAGUCUAGAUGGUGUAUCAGUGGAAAAUUUUACAUGACAUAAACUGGUUAAAGGAUUUUUUUUAAAAAUGUUACUAGAAGAGAAAAUGUUAGAAGAGUGAAAGAAGUUUAUAAUACCCAUUUUUAAAGCGAAAGGAAAAGUACAAGAAUAUGGAAAUUAGAGGUAUAAAAUUGAUGUCGUAGUAUGAAGAUACAGGCAAAAAUUGUAUAAAACAGAAUUAAAAGUAAGACAUCAAUAUCUUAAAAAACCAGUUUAGUUUUAUACCAGUGAAAUUGACUAUGCGUUUUGCGCAAGACAAAUGGUAGAAUAACCUAUGUAUACCUUUUUUAGAUUUACAAGACUUAUGACAGAUUGCCAAGAAGGAUUCUGAUUUGUUAAUGAGAAAAGAAGUUCCGAGAUUGUAUAUUUGUUUGAUAGAGAAUAUGCAUGAAAGUCCAAAUAUAUAUGUAAGAAGUAUGUGUGGAAUAACAGACGAGUUUGGGAUUAGGGAAUGUACACAUCAGGGAUUGGCCUUAAGCCCUUACAUAGUAAUGAAGGAAAUAUUAGGUAAGGUACCAUCACAUGGUUUUGAUAAGAAUUGGAAGAAGUUAACAAUAGGCUUGAAGAAUGGAGUUAUACUUGAAGGAAAAGAAUCUUUUUGUACCAAUAAUAUCAAUUUUCCUUUCCUGUCAACAUUAAUUAACUUUUUGCAUUCCUCUCUUAUACACACUCUCAUAUCCCAUUUCUAG